CAAUCAAGUUUUUCCAUUAUUCAUAUUGAAGAAAUAUAUUGUUUACGCUAUAUAUUUUCAUGAUGAUGAUAAUAAAUAAAUUCUAGCUAGCUAAUACACGUGUGUGGAGGAUCAAAUUAUUUUGUAGCUAUCAAUGGACAAGUUGUGGAGCUUUUCAUCAAGAACCAAUAACGCUGUUGACAACGUAAGACAACAAUGGGAAGAAGAAAGGGAUGAACAAUUAGAUGAUGAUGAUUUGAUCCCUCUCUCACAGGUUUUGGAAGAUGUGGAUUGUUUUCUCAAUAAUAAUAAUAAUAAUGCUGCUACAACGACUCACAACAGUUCUAGGGAAGAACAAGUUCCAAAUUGUGUGGUUGUGUUGCACAAGUUGUUGGAAUCUAUGAUGGAUAAAUAUAAUAGAUCAGCUGGGUGUAACGGAUCAAGAAGAAGCAAGUUUGGAAAAAAUCCAAAGAAUGACAAGUCAUUUCUAUAUAUGGUGGAUCGCAUCUUCAAGCUCUCUACCACCACCACCACCACCUUGAAUUUAGACAAAACAACAUCUAUCCUAGAAAGAGUUAUGUUUAUCUUAGAGAAUGACCUUUGUGCUCUUUUAGAAGACCACAUAUCCAAAAAUUGGAGACCAACACCACCACCACCACCCAGGAAAUCCUCCUCCUUUGGUUCCCUUCAGUUUCAACUUCAAGAUCAUGAGAGGGAAUCUCCAAAGCCCGGCAACCCAGAUGAUGAGGACGACGAGGAUGACGGCUUAUUGCCAACUUUCUCACCAGAAGACCUUUCCGUUCUAAACAAGAUUGUGACUGUCAUGAUCAAUGUGGGCUAUCAUACAGAGUGUUGCAUGGCCUUCACAAAUUACAGACGAAUUGCUUUCAAAACUGUGUUGCAAAAAUUGGGAUACACUUGCAUAAGGAUGGAUGAGGUUUAUAAAAUGCAAUGGGAGUUUUUGGAAGGAGAAAUUGCCACAUGGAACAGAGUGUUCCGGCAUUGCACUUCCGUGCUCUUCAACGCUGAAAGAAAGCUAUACAAUUCAGUAUUUUCAAAUCAACCACAUAUUUCUAGAGCCAUAUUUAGUGUUAUUGCCCAAGCUGUCAUCGUCAACUUUCUUAAUUUUGCACAAGCGGUUGUUUUAACCAAGCCAUCGCCUGAAAAACUUUUCAAAUUCCUUGAUAUGUAUGAGACCUUAAGGGAUGAAGUGGAGUCUGUCAUCAUACUCAUUCAUGAUGACGGUUCAGAGCAGUGUGCCAAAGAUUUGGGGUCCGAACUGGCUGCAGCAAAGCAUGGGAUCAUAGAGGCUAUUGUAGCAAUGUUUUAUGAUUUGGAAAACUCCAUUAAGGGUGACAAUGAAAGGAUUCCAAUCCCCUAUGGCGCGGUUCAUCCAUUAACUCGUUAUGUAAUGAAUUAUCUUAAAUAUGCAUGUGAAUACAAAGCGACUUUAGAGCAAGUGUUUUCCUCCCAAUAUUGUAUGAAUCAUUAUCUUUAUAUCGAUAAUAAUAACAAUAAGGGUACAUCCACUACCACCACAAAGAUUCAAGAAAAAAAUACAUCAUCAGAAGAUCAAGAAUUGGAUGAGACGCCAAAGAAAUCACCUUUUGUGGUUCAAUUGAUGACAAUUAUGGACCUUUUAGAUGUAAAUACAGAAAGAAAGUCCAAGCUAUAUAAGGAUCCAGCUUUACGUUGUAUUUUUCUAAUGAACAAUGGAAGAUACAUAGUACAAAAGAUUAAAGGGUGUGAUGAUCUUCAUGAGUCGAUGGGCGACAAUUGGUGUAGGAGGAUGCAAUCAAGUUUGAGGUUGCACCACAAGAGUUAUCAGAGAGAGACUUGGAGCAAGGUGGUACAGUGCCUCAACCCAGAUGGUUUGCAACAACAGGGGAACAAAGUGUCUAAGCAAAUAUUGAGAGAGAGGUUUAAGUGCUUUAAUUCCAUGUUUGAAGAGAUCCACAAGACACAAAGUAGCUGGAUCGUAAGCGAUGAACAACUUCAAUCAGAGUUAAGAGUUUCAAUAUGUUCUUUGGUCAUACCUGCGUAUCGCUCCUUUAUGGGAAGAUUCAAACAUCAUCUAGAAUCAGGCAAACAUGCUGACAAGUAUAUCAAGUAUCAUCCUGACGACCUUGAGACUUUGAUUGACGAUUUUUUUGUUGGAAAUGCUAUGUCCAUGCCUCGAAGGAGAACAUGAAUUUCUUUUAUUUAUUAUGACAAAAAUUCAUCACAUUAAUUUCUUAUAUAGAGAUCGAUGUAUGUAGAAGAUGGGAUAUACAUAUUGACACCAUACAUAUGUAAAUUAAAAGAUCACUUACAAUACUAAAUCUCAUCUGUUAGAUUGUGGUAAGAUCGUGUAGACUUUUGUAAAUCCACGUCUCUUUUUUAGUUUAAGGGAACACAGAUAAUGUAGUUUAGCAGGCAUAAUAAGAAAUUAUAUUAC